AUGUCAAUACGACAUGAUCUUACUUUGCAACAGAAAAUUGAACUAACCAAUGAUAACAGGAAUGGUAAUGGUUUAUCUCAACGUACAUUGGCUGUAAAAUAUAAUAUUUCGCUUGGUUCUGUAUCAAAUGUAUUAAAACGUAAGGCAGAAUAUUUGGAUGGUUAUGGAGCAAACCAGAAUCACAAUGUUAAACGAAAAAUACUUCAUGUUAAUUCACGAGAACUCGAUGAAAAAGUAUAUGAAUGGUUUGUACAACAACGUUCAAAAAACAUUCCAAUAUCAGGACCAAUUUUACAAGAAAAAUCACGUGAAGUAGCUGAAUCGUUAGGUGAUAAGAUGGAUUCAUUUAAAGCAUCGAAUGGCUGGUUAGAAAAAUUUAGAAUAAGACACAACAUUUCAUUUCGUGUUAUUAGCGGUGAAAGUUUAUCUGUUGAUGUUACAAUUGUUGAUGAUUGGGUUCAACGAAUACCAAAAAUUAUUGAUGAUUAUGAUCCAAAGGAUAUAUUUAAUUGUGAUGAAACAGGGUUAUUUUUUAAAUUUAUGCCUGAUAAAUCAUUAACAUUAAAUAGAGAACAAUUUAAAGGUGACAAAAAAUCAAAAGAACGCUAUACUAUUUUAUUUUGUGUUAAUUCAACUGGUGAAGAAAAAUUAAAACCACUUGUAAUUGGUGUGUAUGCUCUUUAA